UAGUGAGCCAAUUAUUAGGCAUAAUAACUAUUUUUCAGCUUGCGGAUUUCUAAUUGAAGAUCGGGUCUUAUGUACGUGUAUCCUCAGGUAGAUAUCUAAGUUAUGAGGUAAGCAUGUCCUUAUAACACUGCUAAGUAUUCGCCCUUAUUUUGUUUAAAAAGGUUACGUUUACCGACAGAGUUGUGCCAUUCAAUCGCCUUUGUGAUGAGCCCACAUAUUAUAUAUAGUCAAUGAGCAAGUCACUACGACAACAAACCCGAACUCAGCUUUUGUUAUUGAAAUUCCCUAAGAAAUAUAUAUUGAUAAAAAGAAGUCGAGCAUGACGUGACGAGAUGAAAUGGGAUUGAUGAUUGUUCGGGAACAAUUGUAAUGGUCGGGCGGUGCGAAUAAGUCUGGAUCCUUACCUCUAAAAGCAAGAUGAGGGACCCGAAAGAGCCUGGAGAUAACUAUAACAUGAAGGAGCAUGUUUAUCAUGAUUCCAACAUCGUUCAGGGUCUGCCAAACGAAGCCAAGGUUCAUGUGAAGGACUCGAAGCAAAAAAUUACAAACCAAUCAAAAAAUUCUAAAAAGAAGAGAGUGUAUGAUAAACCAGUGGAGCAAACAAAGUUAAAGGAAAAUCCAUAUGCAGAACCGCAUGCACAUCAAACAACAAGUGAAACGAGUGCAGAUACGGAAAGGAAACAGAAGAGUAAGGAUACAAGUGCCGCCCGCAGUGGCAACAGCUCCAGAGGUACUAGCGCCCCAAAGGCCUCGGUUUCUACAGGAGCACCAGACGAAAACAGUGCUCCAAAAAGAAGAGAGUUAAUAUCUGCUCCAGAAGGAAUCGAAAUAGAGUCUGUUCCUACAGAUAUUUCGUUUAUAGAAAAUGAAACAGAAGCAUCCCCAGGAAUUCAAUUGAUAAGUAAGAAAGAACUUGGAUCUAAAACCGAGUCUAAAAACAGUGCGUUGAUACGACAUAAAACAUGGAGGGACGAGGACAGUUUCGAUACCACAAGGAAAGCCGUUGCUAUUAAAUCUAGAAAACAGGAACCUGUUGAGACCACCACCAGUGAUGUCAAACAUUUCAGACGGAAUGCAUUGAUCAUUACCUUAUUCCUAGCCACGAUUCUAAUUAUUGUAGCAAUCGUUGUAGUCUGCUUGGUAGCUUUAACAUGAUGACACACUCAAUCCGAAUGCAUGCUGACGCUAGGUAUGCUGCACAUUAUCGACGGAUGAAGAGUACCCCCAUUUUAUUGAAAAUACAGUAUAUAUACGUUUGUAUUAGGCUCCAUGCCUACUGUAUACCUCUUUAUUUCAGCACAGCCGUUUUAGGUCAAUGCAGUUUUUAAAAAUUGUAUUCAACACUGGCGUAUCUAGUGGGAAGGGGGUCGCCCCCAGAAAUCACGCUCAACAGUAGUCUGAUUUUCCCCUCCCCUAUAAUCAACCACCCUCCCACCGUGACCUUUGCGCCCCAUCAUCCCCUUCCCCAUUUUAGAUACGUCACUGUAUUCAUAAUUAGGAGUAAAGUUGUCAAUUAGUGCAAAAAACACGAACACUCAUGGUUGAAUUGGUAUACUGUACAGGCUUCGAUAUAUUCAUCAGAGACGGAUCUUAGCGUACUUUAAUUAAUAUAGGCCUACAGUAUAUAAUGUUAUGUUUUUAAUAAUACAGUAUAUAAUUAAUUUCUAUUUAAAAAUGAUUAAACAUGGUUGAAUUCAAUUUAGCCAACGUCUAAAUGUAUAUAAUAAUGACAUAGCGAUAUAUUAGUGACUGUAUAUUUCUUAUUAAUUAGGCCGACAAUGGUUUCUUAGUUGGACAGAGCUUAAUAAGCCCAAGUAAAUACAAAACGUUAAUAGUAUUCGCAAACGUUGUGAAGUUCAAUUAUCAGAAAAUUAUUGUCAGAAAAGAAGGUCACGGUUGCAGCACUGUUUGGGCAGCGUUAUUUUGAGUUCCACAUUAGUAUUUGGUCAAAAUGGCCGCGUAACCAGGGAGUUGUUAUGUCACUAUAACAACUCCCUGGCGUAACCAAACGCACAUUACCAAUUAUUAAUAUAUAACAUGGUCUGAUUUAUGGCAUCGAAAAUGUGAUUUUUUUGCAAAUGAUAUAUACAAUUCCAAUGUUGACACAAUACAUUAUCUAAUGAAUAAGCCUACCGUUGCACACAUGAACGGGUUACAUCCAGUUGUUAAGGCAGGCAGUAAAUAGGUUGAGGUGAAUUAUUUUAUAUAUACCACAGAGAAAUGCUUUAUUUUCUCUGAUUAUACCAACCUCAUAGCAUAGCUAGUUACUUGAUUUUGUGUUAUAAGUUUGAAGGCGUGUCUGUAUAUUUCAGUGGCGGAUCGUUGAGUUUGUAAUAGUGGGGCUCAGGGAGAGACUAUCAUACAGUAGAUGGCAGUGGCUAGGCAGGGCUACAUCCCCUUUCCCCACCCGUCUGGGAGGCCUCCCCCCCCCCGGGGAGAAAAAACAUAAUUCGUCGGGGAAAAAAAAAAUUUAAAACAAUUAUAGGCCUAUGUAGGCCUAUUUUGUACAUAUUAAUAGACUCUAAAAUCGAUUAAAUAAGCCUUUGAAACCCCUAAAUUGUCAUAUUUUUUGGGGGGAUACGUCCCCUGGACCACUUUCGAAAGCGUUUUAAGCAACGCCCGACCACGCCCAUUUUUUUUCUCGUCGGGGACGUCAGCCCCCCCCCCCUCCCUGUCGGGGACCUUGGACUCCCAGGCGGGGAACUAGAUGGAGGGACUACACUACCUCAGUCCCAUCAUAUGGUUAGGCAAGAAAAUGUAUGAUUAGCACCUUAUUAGAUGGCCGGAAAGCACUCUUGGACUUCUUUUGAACAUAAUUUUCUUUCAUCUCCUUUCCUCUCGGCUGCCCACCCCCGUAAAUCCGCCACUGUAUUUAUUAGGUUAUCAAUUAAUAACCCAAAACUGAAGUGUUUCAUAAAACAAUCGAAAGGCCUAUAUGCAUUGCUUAACAAUUUGGUAUAAUUAUUUUUCAUCAAAUAAUGAUUGCUAGGUAUACAAUAACAAUAAUGAAUUAAAUGUAUAUAAACCUAUCACACACCGUGCCGGGGAUCUAUGUACGAGGUCUCUGUGCAGUGUAUAAUACAAAUCCUAUGCCUUUACAUUGCAAAUUAGAGGAUUGUUGUUUAUCAGUAUGCUGCAUUUUAAUUUAUAUACGUUCAGUAUAUAAAACAGAAAGAGUCCUACAUAAUGUGCCUAACCGUAAAUGCUAGUUUUAUCUAACGGCAUCCAUCGUGGAUUUAGGCUUAGUUGCCUGAGAAACAAUAUAGCAUCUAGAAAAUAAAUGUAUUUGUAGGUCUAGAUCAGGUCGGAUGCAAAUUUUGUAUUAUUACUGUAUUUCGUGUACUGUACUUAAAUUCUGGUUUCACCUGUUGAAAUUUUGCUAACAAUAUUCAUUCAAUAAUGUCAGCUAUAUAUUGUCUGUCAUAAUAUAUAAAAACCUUUUUAACAUUUUAAUAAUCUCAUUCAAAAGCAUUAUCAACUGCAAAUAUAAGACACAGGUCAAAACAAUGCAGUUUUCGUUGAUAAAGGGCCUACAUAAGUGUUAUUACAAAAAUCCUUACAUUGAUUAUUAGACAAUUUAAGGUUUUGCAAACAUGUAACAAGGACAGACAUACUUAUACUUUUUGACUUGUAUGUAGAUGCCCGCCGUCCGCUAAUGGACUAUUCUGGAGGGUCGUCAAAACACUGAACUUAGUCAAGAAUACAUACUUGUUCCAUAAACGUAGGCCUUAGCCGUGUUUAUACGUAGGUUUACACUGUCGUUUUUUGGAACCAUAGUAAUGCUAUAUCAGGGGCGUGGGGCUUAGCGGAAAUGUCAGUUGCCAAGAGAAAUGUUUUCUCAAUUCUAAUGGCCAGUUUAUAGCUAAUAACUUUAUAUUCAAAUAUACAAAGUUAGCUUUUCAAAUAAUAUAUUUUCAAUAUUUUCAAUUGGUUUAGUUCAUCAUAAACAGUUUAUUUUGAAGGUUUCAAUUGUAAUAUAGUAAAAAGAUUGUUUAUACAUUUUAUACAGUAAUAUUAAAGCAAUAUAUUAUAAA